AGGAUUUCCCAAAACCAGUCGGUGAGUUGCCGUUGUUGAAAAAGCAAAACACGCUUUCGUGCUGUUAGUGAGGGCGCAUCGACUUUGAUUUCUUACACAGGACAUCGAUUAUCGGGGUGAGGCACCAAGUGCCUUUAGUGUAUUUUCGUGUAUUUUCUUCUUCAUUAUUUUGUGCGUGUUUCUAAAGUGCAGCGGUGUGCUUAUGUGUGUGCCAGCCAUUUUCGAGCGUGCAUCCCAGGAUCUUCAAACGCCCAGGCCUUUGUUUCAACCGAUUUCUUUUAUGGAUUUACUAUUCUCCAAUCAUUAUUCACAACAAGGACCCACGAGGGGUUUUUUGACCGAUGACACCACUUUCUAUUACUACUCCAUAUGCGUCGUUUCCGACGCUUUAUGAGUAAAUCUAAUGGAGCCACACUGCCAAAAGCAACUGCUAGGUAUCUGGACUGUUGAUCGAUUCUGCGGCAAGGCGAGGAAUGGAUCAUCGCUUAUCGAAGAUUGUUUGAGAUAAUGACCGAGCAGAACCGCAACGAUCAGAGGGUCUUUCAUGGGCGGAUAUCUGCAGCUCGAUGAAUUUCGGCUGGUCCGGUGCGUCCAAGUCUCUGCACUCCUAGCCGUUCCCGAGAGUCCCAAGAAGAAACGAAAAUAGUGCUAUUAAUGGACUCUCUCGUAUCCAAAACAAGUGUGCAAUACGUCGUUGUCGUCAAACACCUCGUCCAAUCCCGCGCAGAAACUAAAGUCCUGAUAUUUCAACGAAGAGGAUCAUCAUUCUAGUGAUAUGAAAUUCUACAAAUUUGUGAUAAAUAGUAAUCUAAGUUGAUUAAGUGAGAAAUUAUUUAAGCGCGAGACAGCAAUUAAGUACUAGCAAGUACUUAAUCUCUGAUUGUCGUGAGGAGAACAAUGAGAAUCUCAAGACGAGGAUCGUAACCCGCAAGAAUUUUGAUAGCCGAGGAUCCUCUAUUGGAUUUCAAAUGGCACUAAAUAUGUCGCUGACUCUUCUUUUUCCUCUUCUCGUCACCGCAGUGUGCUCCCUCGUCGCCGCCCUCGGGACGAGCGACGGCGGGCCAAACAGUCCAGUCUUUAACCUGGACAGGACCAACCUGGAGAAGAACAUUGCAGCAAUUUUCAACAAAGUGGCCCACAGUUCUGCCACGACAAAGCGCAGUGUUCCUGCCUUCGAGCCCCAGGUUUCGGCGAGCACGACCCUCUCGACGGUGCCCUCGCCACUGACGACUUCCUGGACAGCGGCCUCGGUUGAAUUCCCGGUGCCGCGUGCCACCCCAUCGCCAGUUUUUCGCGAGCAGCCAUCCUACGCGCCACCCUCGAAGUCGUUCUUCACCCCGCCCCUGCCACCAGAACUUUCGAAUCCCUUUGCCGACAAGCCUACACUGCGGGGAACUCACUACGAUCCCCAUGUGGUGCCGCGAAGGCCAGUACCGCCACCGAGUGGCACUCCAGCUCACGAGAGGAUACCGAUAAGACCCCCGGAUCUUGCUCAGGGUCCCGUCCAGCCGCCCGAGCGACCCGCGUCCAAAAGCAAGACGCACAAUUUGAGCAAGGAGCAGAAGAUCUUUGAGAGUUCCGAGACGGAGAGGCGAAAUGUCUCGAGCGAGUUUGCCCCGACUCUGCAUUAUCCGAGUAUUUCGCGGAUUUUGUCGGGGAGCAAUGGCAGAAAACAGGAUAUUCCGGAGAUUCUUUUGAAGCCACUGCCGACCAAGAUUCCGGUUCAGAAUGCCUCGCCGGUCUCGACGACUGAGAGAACGACGACGUCGACGACAACGAGUACUGAUAGGACGACGACAGUUUCCAAUUCUGUCACUCAGCCGACGAUAUUUAAUUUGCCGAACACGAGGCGGCAGGAGAGUGUCGAGGAUGAGGAUGAUGAUCAGGACUUGAAGAACGACGAGGACUCGUUCAAUACAGAAAACAUCGAAGCUGUGGAUGGAGAACGACUUCUCUAUCCACAACCACAGCCUCCAAUUCCUUCGAAAGAAGGACCCAUGGAGGAUGAUCGAGUGAUAUCUCACCGGGAUCCAUUUCCCCUGGACCCAAGUUGGAGGAUCGCUUGGUCCCUGCACGUUUAUAUCGCCGCCAUCAGUUUCACCCUGAUGGCCCUCUACUCAAUCUACAAGAUUGUCCGCUUCAACGACGCCACGAAUCUCCUGACACAGUCCUACUUUUUGACUGUCCACCUCCUACUAACCACCGUCUGCACUCUGAGAUGCUUCCAUCUCUUCUACGAUGCAAACAAUCUCUCUGGAACGCUGCACAGCUCACUCUCUGGAGUCCUGAUGUACCUCCCGUCUCCAAUGCUCUCUACAGCCUUCGCCACCCUCGUCCUCUAUCUCACCAGAUGCUCGGAGGCGCCCUCCUUCAACAACAAGUACUUCUCCCCAGCAGCCGUCCUCUCCUACGCAAUCGUCCACAUCGUCCUCUGCGUCUCUCUCCACAUCUCUAGUCCACUCUUAGGCUAUCACGACGAGGCCAAAAUCCUCCCGCUCAUCUGCCAAUGCAUCUACAUUGUCGUCUGUAUGACGCUUGGCCUCUGCUACAUGUACGUCUAUCGUGUCAUUCGCUCCCAAAUCCACGUGACCAACAACAAAUCCAUGAGCAAUCAUGUGGCCGCUGAUCCAAUGGCGCUUGCUCUCAACACGGCAAUCACGACCUCAAUCGCGACGGCUCUUCUCUUCAUUCUCAUGGGAUCCGUUCAGCUCUUUGACUGUAUCUUUGGCGUUCAGGAGCGAUCCACCCUGUAUCAUCACUCCUGGCUCUGGUGGGGCUGGCAAUCCUCGGUCCGACUGCUCGAGCUCUCCAUGUGCGGACUGAUGGCUUGGGUGACGAGUCUCUCGCAGUAUACUCUACGCGAGAAGCAACUGCAGCAGCACUCGGCUCACUCGGGCUUUGCUCUAUUUCCCUGUGGCAGUUCCACCUCCACCGAGAACAUGGACGACGUUUUGUAUCCGGCGAUUUGCAGCACAAAUCAGGCAAUUCAGAAUUAUACGAUGCGGACCGGGAAGCAGGUGUAUGAUGACAGUUUUCCGCUGAACACUCUGCCGGAACAUCUGAAUAUUUCCGGGACUUUUGAGAGGCACUCGAUCAGAAAGUCGGGGACGAUGGGACACUUUCCGCAUGAGGGCGGCCGGGGAUCGAUGAAUCGACAUGGGAAUGGGGUCCAGACGAUGAGGAAUCUUGAUUCGCGGGGAAGGCAUACGCCAACGCAAGCUGGACUGCAUGAACAGGCGCCUGCCACCGGAUCCACAAUGCUAGUCGCCGAGGAUGGUUUUGUGAGGUUUAGGAGCCUUGGAGGCGAGGAGGAUGAGAUGUCGGACUCGCAGAGCAUCGUCGGGACUCAUGGAAGAGGAGGCAGUUCACUGGCUGGAAGUGUCAGGUAUAAUGCAAGGCAUCAUCAUCCCGGCACGGUGCCACAUUCCCACUCCCAUCAGCUUCAGCAUCAGCUGCAUCAGCAGCAGCAACAGCAGCAGACGCAACAGGCGCAUCAGCUUCAUCACUCGCAUCCCAAUCAGGGACAGUAUCAGGCGCACCAUCCUAUGCAUCAUCAGGUGUAUAAUAAUACGUAGGAGUUGCGAGCCGCGCGAAUGAUGGCGGCCGUUAAUCCUUGUUCCUGGUGUCGCUCCUCUGACAGUGUUUACCAAGAAUGGCACAGAGUGUAAAAUGGGCCUAACACGAAGUAGCAACAUUCGGCUGGCGAGUGAUCGACGCACUGCAAAACACAUAAUGAUAAGACACUAAUUUGAUCCAAUCCUACUGAAUGUAAGAUACAUCCUGUGUAUAAACCAAGUCUUACUACACAUUUCUUCUCUUUCAUUUUCUAACGAAAGAAAUGAACGAACAAUAUUUAUUUGGACUUUGAAAAAGUUCAAAUUGAAUAAAACGAGGCAGUCGAUAACCUGCGCUUCACUAUUAAUUAGUCAGUCGUGUGAUGUUUCAAGUUUUGAUCUUGUACUUGGCGCAUGGUACUUAAGGCGCUAAUCUCUUGCGAACAAGAGAUUUGCCGACGUUUUAAGCCCCACAGGAUGCUUAUAUCGAUUCAAUGUAUCCGUCGAAGUGCGAUUCGAAAAGGAAGUCUCAAGACUUUUAUUUAUUUUUAAAUAUUUUUAUUUUGCAAAUCACUACAAGGAUGUAUUUUUUUUUUCAAAAUAUAAUUGCGAUAACUGCGCAAAGCAGUUAUAUUCGACUUGGCUGUUUAUGACCAUUUACAUACUAAGGAAAAAGACUGAUUUCCUUAUUUUUUAUGUCUUUCAUGAGAGAGGCGCUCGUUGUUUUUUUUUUUUUUGUAGGAAAGCAAUCAGGAAAAUGUUCAUUUUAAUUAUUGAUCAAUUCUGAUGAAUUUUCUGGUAGAAAUUGAUAAUCAAAGUAAAUCGUCAAAUCUGAAAUGUUUUAGUUUUACCGAAACAAUCUACUUUUAGUUUAUCCUUAGGCUAUUUAUUCUUUAUAUCAAGAGAAAGCUCCCGCAAUGGCCAGUGUUUCAAAAAAAACAAGAAACAAAAAAAAAACUUGCGAGUUUUCUGCUGAUUUUUUGUUACUUUAAUCAAAUAAAAAUGGAAGGAGUACUUAAAAAUUUCCGAUUCUCCAGUCAGUGAAACUGACUUGGACUUUUCUUCUUUUCGAAUCGCAUAAAAUAAAUCAUUGCGUUGGAACGUGAUGUAAAAUUAAACGUGUAGAAAUGAUUUUUUUUUAGAUAUGACCAACGGGGGGAUCGCAACGUUCAAGAUUCCGAAUGUUUAACGAGUAAUCGAAUUUUUAAAGGUCAUGUCGUCUGUGACGAGUCGCAUGGCAUUUUUGUACAGUCAAUAGUAAAUUAUCGCUCAGUAAGCCGUAAGGUUUAGUUAGCAUUUUGAAAUUAGAUUAAGUUAUUCUGUCAAAUACUAAGUUACGUUUUCGACUAGAUAUUAUAUUUAUGACUUGAAGACUUGCGAUAUAUUGUUAACUUAACUGGAAUGAAUGAGCGAGUGCGCGAAUGAAGGGAGUGAAUGAGGGGAAAAAUGUUGUGAGAAAGUUUCGAGAGAGUUAAUUUUAGUUUCAAACACCGGCCAGCAUUUUUUAGAACUUUCUUGAAGAAUAUGGUACAAAGUAGCAUUUCUACUUUUACUCAGUACUAUUUUACGUCGUGUAUAUGUUUUAUAUGUACAAUGUAAAUAUGGUACGCAUGCUCUUUAUGAGCGAUUCAACAUUUUAUAUCACUUUUAGUUCAACCUUUUUCAAGAUGCCAGUGUGGAAUAUAAAUAUUGAUCAAUCUUUUUUUUUUCACUAUUGAUCAACAUAUUUCAGAUAUGAUCAUUCUGUACAAUUUAGGGUGUUUCUUGAAAAUCCGAGCUUUUCGAACUCUCUUUUAAAUCCGAGUUUUUAGCAGAAAUUUAUUUUAUUUUAUUUGAUAUUAUUGUAUUUUAUUUAUUUUUUUGGAUAAUCGAGACUUGUCGAAAGAAUAUGGAAGAGCUGGGGAUUUUGAGGGAGCAUUCUAAUUUAUUAAUUAAUUACAUGAAAUCGAUCGCAUUUCUGUUUGUUUGCGACCGAAUAAUUUCACCAUUGCCCAUUAGUUUGAUGCGCUUUAGACUUGUGUUAUUGUAGUAGCAAUAGGAAUUAUUAAUCAGCAGAUAUUCUACAUUUUAUAUAUUUGAAGACAACCAACCAACCAACCAACCAACCAACCGUACAGAGUAUAUAUGUAUAUUAAUUCCUAGAGAAAAUUUUUCGUUCGUGAUAUUAAAUUGUCCCUGACAAAUGCCUCGCAUUUCCGGUGAGAUUGCCAAUAAUAAUAAUAAUAAUAAUAAUAAUAAUAAUUGGCCAGUGAAUUUGUUCGUAAGAUAUUUCGAUUUUUGGAUAAACUUUUUAUCGAUGUUUCAGAGUGAUACAGUGAUGUUAGUAUAAUAUCGGAUCGCGAAAAAUGAUCUGUACGGAAAAACUAGAUAACCAUUCUCGAUAUUAUAUGGCAACGUGUCAUGUACUUCUUACAUGUUAUAAUGCAAGUUUUCAUCUACAAUUUUGGGAAGAAAAAAAAAAGUUAAUAAUAAACAUUCCACCUUUCACAGAUCGCCUAGGGUAAGAGUGCGUGCAAAAGUGGGAGAACCGAUGCUUUUAUGAACAAAUGUGAGUCCUUUGUAAGGGUAAACAACAGCAGAUAAUAAAAAAUUUAGAUGAUUUCUGUUUGAUUUCGGCGAGUUUAAAAGCGCAGAAUUUUUAUCGAUAAUGUGAGGAAAGUGAGAAACUAUAGCUCUUAUCGCUACGUAUAAAUUAUAUACGAAAAUGAUGAUGCAAAUGCUUCGGACUCUGUAAAAAAAUGUAUAAUAACUGUACAAAAUUAUAGUAACUAUAUAAACCAUA